AUGUAUUACAGCAAGAUCCUCCAACUCAGCAAAGACCUUCGCCAGCAUUGCCGACAUGUUCAACAUCUCUCGUCGCAUUUCCCGGAACUCUCCGACCAAAUUGACACCCUGGUCCGCGGCCUUCUCAGGGAUGUCAGCCUGAGCAUACUGGCAAAGUGCCUCUCUCUCUCUCUCUCUCUCUCUCUUUUGCAUCCCGAGUGUGAAUAUAUUUUUCAGCUGGCGAGAGAUGAGCAACAGUGUCUUCGAGAGAUAACAGAGCUUGGAAACAUCAGCAGCUCAGAUUGUUUACCAGUAUGGGAUUCUGUAGUGUGCUGGCCCAAAACUGCAGUGGGUGAGACCAUCCACUCGCCCUGCCCAGCUGUUUUCUCUCUUUUCAGGAAUAACACAGGUACAGUAAGUCGUAACUGCACCGCUGGAGGCUGGUCGCGGCCGUUUCCCCCCUACCAUGAGGCCUGCAGUGUUGAAACUGACAUCCCAGAGGAGUCGUAUUUUGCCAUUGUGAAACUGAUCUACUCGGUUGGUUACGGAGCGUCACUGUUCUCUCUCUCUGUUGCCGUGGUAAUACUGCUGUUCUUCAGGCGACUACACUGCGCUCGAAACUACAUCCACAUGCAGCUGUUCUUCUCCUUCAUCCUGAAAUCUGCUUCAGUGUUUAUAAAAGAUGCAACGCUGUUUGCCAGUGAUGACACAGAUCACUGCACAUUCUCCACGGCAUCCUGUAAGGCAUCAGUGGUGUUUUGCCAUUAUUGCGUGAUGACUAAUUUCUUCUGGUUGCUGGUGGAGUCCAUGUAUCUGAACUCACUGUUGCUCUCAGCAUUCCCGCGCAGUCGUCGCUGCCUGUGGAGUUUUGCUCUGUUGGGCUGGGGCGUUCCAUUAGUCUGUAUCAUCAUUUGGAUCUGUUCCAGAGUAUAUUUUGAGGACACGGAGUGCUGGGACAUCAAUGAAAAUUCCCCUUAUUGGUGGAUCAUCAAGGGUCCGAUUGUAGCAUCCAUUGGAGUGAACUUCCUUCUCUUCAUGAACAUUGUCAGGAUUCUGGUGCAAAAGCUGAACCCUCGUUUGAUCCAGUUCAACAACUCUGCGCAGUACAGGCGACUGACCAAGUCCACCCUCCUCCUCAUCCCUCUCUUUGGAACUCAUUACAUGGUGUUCAGCUUCCUCCCAGACUACUUCAACAUGAGCCUGCGGCUUUACAUCGAGCUCUGUCUGGGCUCCUUCCAGGGGCUCAUUGUAGCGGUUCUCUACUGUUUUCUGAACCAGGAGGUUCAGAAUGAAAUACGGUUACGAUGGAUGCGUUGUCAAGAGGGGAGUUACAUUGUCGUCCCUGUUGGAGCCAAAGGAAGCCAGAUGGACACUCCAUUUUAG